AUGUAUCAGUUUUCUAAGGGUCUUCAGCCAUGUCCCAGGGCUAGUGCUAAUGUCCUGUAUUCCAACCCUAGAACUGUAGCUAACGGGUGUCUCCUCUGUGGUCUUCCCUCCGACAGCCUCCACCUCACCACGUUCUGCCUGCAGCACAAGCCCACAGUCAUCGCCUGCGUCUGCAUCCACCUGGCCUGUAAAUGGUCCAAUUGGGAGAUCCCGGUCUCCACUGAUGGGAAACACUGGUGGGAGUAUCUGGACCGCACCGUCACGCUCACGCUGCUGGACGAGCUGACCAAUGAAUUCCUGCAGAUUCUGGAGAAGACGCCCAGCAGGCUGAAAAGGAUACGUAACUGGAGGGUAGGUUCUGCUCUCACAACUGGUGCCACACAAGCUGCCAAGAAGCCCAAGAUGGACAGUCAAACGGGCGACACCUCCUUCCAAGGGACCUCCUCAUUGGACGGCAUCACCGGUGUGGCCGGCAGCAACUCAUUCUUCUCUUCGUCUCUGUCAGACUCUGGGGAGAUGGCUUCACUAGACGACAUGUCUAUCCCGUUCCCUCCCUACCAGGCCCUGGCUGGGGACCACGCUGAGCUGCUGGGGCUGGACCAGGGCCUUGCCUUUCUUCCUCAAGCCAUCCCUUCAAAGUACCCAUCAGGCAAACACGAACACAAAACGGCCAGUGCAGGCAAGCACCCACAGGCCCUACCCAAUAACCCCUCGCCCUUCACCCGCCCCCCACAGAAAGUCUCCCUGGAUAAGUACAGAGAGAAACAGGCAGCAGGCCUGCAGACCAUGCAGAACGGUGUCCGAGAGGAGCAGAGCGGUGUGGACAUGUACCAGUCCCCCGCCCUCCCUCACCACCAGUCCCAUAAAAGACGCUCCCAGCCUGGGCAGGGUGUCCCCCAGCACGGGACAGCAGGAGGGACAAGGCCAGCUCUAAAAAGACACGAGGUCUCCCACCACAGGCCUCGGCGGUUGAGAACGGCGUUGCGGCCAGCAACGAGGAGCUAAAGAUGAGAAUCAAAGUAUCUGCCGACAGGGACCAGGGCGGCCAUGUUGGUGUCCCACAGGGCAAAGAGAAGUACAAAGACCACUCUGG